GGGUAAAAGGAAAAUUAAUUUUUCUGUCACUUUGGGACUGUCGGAUGAGACCCUGGGCAUCUGACAUAGGUCGGCACAUGGUGAAUAAGAGUUCUUCCUGUGUCAGCACCCCUGGAAUCCCCAAAAGUGGGGUCCGUGGAGCGAGAGGGGUAGGAAUCUUUUCUCCCCCUCUUUCUAAAUUUGGAUUAGCAGGAGAAAAUUUGUGAAAGUAGUUUCCUGAGCAAACAUGGUUCCGGUAAAGGUUUGAAUAGUCUUAUUUUCUGCUGGUCCCGUUCCCCCUGGAAUGGUCUGGUUUUCUUGUCUGUGCCAUUUGUCUCGUUCUGUUCGAAGAGCUUGGUUUUGAUCUUGUCUUUGGUCUCUGGUCUCAGAAGGUGCACAUAUCCACAGGCAUUUGGCAGCCAGUCAAAUAGACUAGAGCUUCCAGGCAGCUGUAGCCAAUUAACUGUCGUCUUUUUGCCUUUUUGUCCAACUGUGCCAGCUCUCGGGGGAAUUGGUCAUGAGGGAUUCCAGUUCAUAGGAGCCUUUGCCAUCUCAACCUUCCUGUGUUACUGCUUGUAGCAGCAAAGGACUUUUUUACACUCUUAGACUAUCCUGGGAGCGAACCUUUAGUUCUUGUGGAAAUGUCUUGCUUCCUUGGUUAAAUCAUAAAAGGCUAGGGGAUUUGGAAGUUCACAGCCUGUUGGGGUUGAAUUAUAUCCCCCCAAAUUUGUAUGUUGAAGUUCUAUCUCUCACCACCUCAGACUGAUGAUUUGGAAAUAGGUCUUUGCAGAUGUAGUCAUAAUGAAGCCAUUCUGAGUAGCCUGGGCCCAACUCCAGGAUGCCUGGUGUCCUUGUGAAAGGGUGAGUUUUGCACAGAGAUAUGCUCAUAGGGAGAUGCCAUGUGAAAUGAAGGCAGGAAUCAGGGAUGUAUUUGAAGACAGCAAACCCAGGAUUGCCAGUGACUGCCAGGAGCCAGGAAGGAGGCCAGGGACUGGCUCUCCCUCACUGGCCUCAGAGGAACAGGCCCUGAGGACACCCUGGUUUUGGACUUUUGGCCUCCAGAAUGUGAGACAGAGGGUUUCUGCCCCACUUGUGGCAGCCUGAGCAACCCAACACAUGGCCAGUAACCCCGACCUAGCUGCUAGCAGAGCUCUGCCAACUGCUCAAGGUAACAGUGAUCAUUCACAUCACCUCUAUCUCAGCUGUGCUGGCCUGGGCCCGUGCACCCACUCACUCUUAGGGUGACACCUGCACACAUGCGCAGUGAUGCUUCUGGGUUGUGAUGCAUAGCCUGAGUGGCCCCGAUGGCCUGUGGUAACAUCAGAUGACUUCCAGGCCACUACCUCAUUGCAUGCCUGUGCAUAUGAGACUCAUUGUUUCUCCUCCCCCAGAUUGGCUGAUCGCCUCUGAAGCAUCUUUGUUUUCCAGUGUGAAUGGCCCACUAUCCCAGCCUUGUCUUUCUUUGAGGCAGAUGGUGGAGCACAGACAAGCAUUUGUAACGCGGUAUAUAAUGUGACUGCUGAGGGCCGUGGUGAGGUUUCCUCUUCCGCUCUUCAUUGAGGUCCAAGGGAACUGCGAGAGGCUUCGGAAAUCCUGCCCAAUGGACCCCAAACUGGGAAGAAUGGCGUCAGCUCUCCUUGUUCUUCUGCUGCUGCUUUUGGGAGGCAUGUCCUCUCCAUCCUCACCCCACGCCGGGCUGGUCGAGAAGGUCUUCCGGUACAUGGAUCUCCAUCAGGAUGAAUUUGUGCAGAGGCUGAAGGAAUGGGUGGCCAUUGAGAGUGACUCCGUUCAACCUGUGCCCCGCCUCCGACAAGAGCUCUUCAGGAUGAUGGCCCUGGCUGCAGAGGAGCUCCGGCGCCUGGGGGCCAGCGUGGACCUCAAGGACUUGGGCUCUCAGCAGCUGCCUGAUGGCCAAACUCUCCCAAUACCUCCUGUCAUCCUGGCUGAGCUGGGGAAUGAGCCAGGGAAACCCACCGUGUGCUUCUACGGCCACCUGGACGUGCAGCCGGCCACACAGGCCGAUGGGUGGCUCACAGACCCUUACACGCUGACGGAAGUGGAUGGAAAACUUUACGGACGAGGAGCAACAGACAACAAAGGUCCUGUUUUGGCGUGGAUUAAUGCUAUGAGCGCAUUCCGAGCCCUGGAGGAAGAUCUCCCCGUGAACAUCAAGGUGAUCAUUGAAGGGAUGGAAGAAGCCGGCUCGGUGGCCCUGGAGGAACUUGUCAAGAAAGAGAAGGACAGGUUCUUUUCCAGCGUGGACUACAUUGUGAUUUCUGAUAACCUGUGGCUGAGCCAGAGGAGGCCAGCACUCAUUUACGGAACUCGAGGGAACAGCUACUUCACGGUGGAGGUGACAUGCAGAGGUCAAGAUUUUCAUUCAGGCACCUUUGGUGGUAUCCUUCAUGAGCCAAUGGCUGAUUUGGUGGCUCUUCUCGGUAGCCUCACAGACUCUGCUGGUCAUAUUCUGAUCCCUGGGAUCUAUGACGACGUGGCUCCUCUCACAGAAGAGGAGAAAGAACUGUACGGCGCCAUCGACCUGGACCUAGAAGAAUACCGGAACAGCAGCCGGGUUAAGAAAUUCCUGUUCAACACCAAGGAGGAAAUUCUGAUGCACCUAUGGAGGUACCCUUCUCUUUCCAUCCAUGGGAUCGAGGGCGCGUUCGAUGAGCCCGGAACUAAAACAGUCAUACCUGGCCGAGUUAUAGGAAAAUUUUCCAUCCGCCUGGUCCCUCACAUGAAUACAUCUGUGGUGGAAAAACAGGUACAGCAGCACCUCCAGUAUAUAUUCUCCCAAAGAAAUAGUUCCAACCAGAUGGAUGUUUCCAUGGUGCUGGGACUGCACCCGUGGAUCGCAGAUAUUAAAGAUCAGCAGUAUCUUGCAGCAAAAAGAGCCAUCAAAACAGUGUUUGGAACAGAGCCAGAUAUGAUCCGGGAUGGAUCAACCAUACCAAUUGCCAAAAUAUUCCAGGAUAUUAUCCAGAAGAGUGUGCUGAUGCUUCCGCUGGGUGCUGUUGACGAUGGGGAGCACUCUCAGAAUGAGAAAAUCAACAGGUGGAACUACAUAGAAGGAUCCAAAUUGUUUGCUGCCUUUUUCCUAGAGGUGGCUCAGCUGCAUGAAUAAUGGCAGGAACCUUCCAGCUCAGAUCUGACCUGCUAACACCCUGGACAGGAAAGGAAUCUCAAUAUCCAGAGAAUUUCAGUCCAGAAAGUAAUGUUUUCCCUCCCAUUUAAAAUAUCUUUAGACAUUUGGACCAAUAAGUAUAGACAUUGGGAAUGGUCUAAUGUCCCAUAGCAAGCCUUUCUAAAGUCACACACAGCUUCCUUCACCAACCUGAUCUCCCCAAGUUCAGCUGCAGUAUCCCAGGACUGGACCUCCCCUCACAAUGAUUGACGUAGUCACUCUAGCUUGCUUUCUAGGUCCGGAAGUACUCAUGACACAUAAUCCUUCCAUGCAGUGACUAUCAGUACUCACCCCACCCUUGCUUGUACCACAUCUUCCUUUUAUCUUAUUAAUAAAAACCUUGGUCUCCACCACUGAC